AUGGCAUCGACGGGGGUUAACGUCCUGAGGUGGUCUGCGCUCGGCCUCGGCCUGUUCUACGGCGUCUACCACCAGGCCAAGCUCUCCUCGCAGGACAAGGCCGCCGCCAUCCACCGCGAGUACCAGCGGAAAGAGGAGCUCAUCAAGAAGGCCAAGGAGGAGUGGACCAAGAAGACCGCGCCGCCCUCGCGCUCUGGACUUGUCACGGACCCCGAAGACCCCAAGUUCGAUCUGGAGGCAUACCUGAAGGCGAAGGCCGAGGAGAAAUAA